CCGUUGACUCGUGGUUCACUGUCACGCAUAACCCUUAUCGACAUUGUCCUGACUCAGAAAUCACCCCCUCAGCUUUGCGUUUCCAAUCUGCCUACGUAUUUUGUGAUCGAGAGAAUCAGAAUACUGAGAAAGUGGACAGUGUGGAUUCACAUGGUAGUGCAUUCCGCUUCACGUGUGCCGAGCUGCGCUAGACGCUCCAGACUGGAGCCCUCCGUUAAAAUUCUCUUGCGGAUACAGAGACAAGUGUACCCAUGUUAUCGUACCGGACUCCGGAUUUGUAAGGCGUCCUAGAAAUGGCAAAUUCCGCCACACUGCCGCAGCUAUCCUCGACCCACACGCGUCGCUCGCUCAUACCGACGAUACUGAAAAUGGAGUCGCUAGGAGAAAGACGCGGAAUCUGUAAAAGCGUCGCUUGGUGCGAAUCAGCAUGUAAGCUGGGUAUUAUGUUUGUGACUCGGGUAUUUCGUAAAUUCUAG